AUGGUUGUAUCGUUUUUUCUUGGCCUACUCGGUGCUCUCAGCCAACACAUCCUAUACAAAAGAUUACAUCAUACGGCGCCAGAGGAUCCUGAGAAGAGGAUUCGCCUGGUUCUUUACGGACGAGCUCUCGCAUAUUUCUCGAAGAUUACCUUUGGUGGCUGUGUUAUUCUCUGCUACCGUCAACGGAUCUGGAGGACCUUCCGAGAGAACGUAUUGUCAGUCUGGGCUAUUGAUCGGCUGUUUUUGGCUACUGAAGAUCUCUCCUUGUUUCUGCAUUGGGAAACCUGGGGCAAGGCAACUCUUCCUACUUUAAUGGCGUUGGUAAUUUGGUUGAUCCCUAUCGCCACCAUCAUCAUGUCCCCAGGUGCCUUGACAUUUGGAGUCUUCAUCCAGCGCGACACCUCGAGCUUGUCUGUUCCAACAUUGAAUUUCACUGCUGAAUCUUACAAGGACUACCGUGUUCCGGUGUUCGCCAAGGAUGGGACUACGAAGAAAAAAUCUCUCAUAUUUGUCAAUACUACGGAUCCUUCGGCGACGGCCCCUGGUUGGUUUGACUACUAUGACAAGCCGGCCUCGGAUAUCGAGCGUGUAUCUCUGAUGUCUGCUUAUAGCUUAAAGAACCAGUCAUUAAAUCGAGAAGACGCUAGGUACCGGUCAUGUGGCGGCGAUUUUAAUUGCACAUACACAAUUUCAUUCGUCGGCCCAGGGUAUAAGUGCGAGGAGCUAGCCCAUGGAGCAGAUGACGAUAAGAAGCUGGCUGAACUUGGUGCACCUUUCAACACGAGCUAUUUAGCACCUGUCGGACGGUUAGCAUAUUUCGCCCAGGUUGACAUCGGGGAAUACUUGCGUCCUCAGACAGAAUUGGGUCGUCAAGGUGUUCCUCUCAACAUUACCAACGAUGUAGGCGUCUUCAAGACUGAACCAAUCCUCUGGAUUGGGUACUCCGUGAAUACAACAGAUCCCCCUGACCCACGUUUUAAAGACACCUGGACAUCCAAAUACGACCCCUAUGUUUUCCAAUGCAUCCAUCACGAGACGAAUUAUACUGUUCAGUACAACUACACAGGCCCCUUCUUCAAUACGUCCAUCUCUCACAACUUCCUUGCCCCGAUCAUCAACACAACAUAUGCCCGCUACGACAAUGGCAUCCCAAACUACCAAGACUUCGUACCCGCUUCUGGUUUUGUAAGCCCUCGUACCGACGUCCCCUUAUAUAAGAAGACGGCCGUAUACCAUGCAGUGGGUCAAUCUCUGCGGAAGUUUCUCGAAGGGAAGAUUGAAGUAGAGCCACCCAUCCCUGGUCCUGCCACCUACGCUCGACCCUAUUCCGAUAUCACCAAAACCCGUCUUGUGAAAUCCAACAGUUUUCCGGUUCAUAACCUUCACAUCGAGCUCCAAGACUUUUAUGCGGAUAUGAUUCUUUCCCUUUUUUCAGCGCCGAAUUUACUCGUGAUUGCUGAAGAUCGGGUCGAGGUGAAUACCACGCGGUAUAAAGCAGCUUUCAUUUAUGACGCUGGCAAGCUUUGGGGAUGCUAUGCACCAGUCAUAUUUUUCACCCUAAUAUUCCUCAUCAUUGGAGCUUGGACUGUCUGGGAAGAUGGAACCACUUUUUCGGUUGGUUUCUCGCGGAUAAUGGUUACUACGAGGAAUUCGACGCUAGACGAGAUUAGUCGAGGAGCAUGUUUAGGCAAUGAUCCUUUUCCAAUGGAGCUGAUGAAUACGCGCCUAAGAUUUGGGGUCUUAACAGAAGGAGGGGAAGAGAUGGAAUAUAUUGGAUCAGGAGAUGGAUUGCAAGGUCUAAGUCAUUGCACGUUUGGGGUUGCUUCGGAAUUGACGGCGAUUAAGAGAGGAGUGCCAUAUGCUGGGUUGAAGUAUACUGGACCGAAGUAUGCAAACAACGGAUUGGGGUCAAAGAAAGAAAAGAUGGAGUAG